UUCUGUGAUGUCCGCCAGUCAUGAUUCAGAGGAACGAAGCGGUGCUGUCCAUCCUGAGGGAGCUCCAGGAGGCCACGGAGAGCUCGGGCCUGGACGCGCUCAUCCUGAAGGCCCUGGAGGUGGACCGGCUCCUGGCUCCCUUCCCGCUGCCCCGCUUGCCCUGUCAGAACUUCCCCGAGUGGGUCGGCGUGGACAACGUCGCCCAAGGCCUGUACCCGCGGGACGCCCCUGCGGACCUCCUGCCGCUACGCUGCAAAGGAAAGGGCAACCUGCUAUUUGACGCAGCCAGCAUGCUGCUAGUGGGCAAUAGUGGUCUGAGCUUGGAGCUACAGGUCAGGACAGUUGUAGAAAUGGUCCUGUGGAAGAGGUACUACCUGUCCGGGAUGAUCGACUCCAAGAUGAUGCUCCAGGCGGUCCGCUUCAGCCUCUGCGCCGAGGAGUCGGAGGCCAUGCUCAACCUGUCCGCGAGCAUCCUGGAGGCCAUCUUCGACGCCGACGUCAAGGCCUCGUGCUUUCCUGACUCGUACGCCAACAUGUGGCACGUGUACGCGCUGGCGUCUGUGCUUCGGGUGAACAUAUACUCCGUCUACCCCAUGUUCAACCACAAGAUCCGAUCCUACUUCAACAGAGUCAUCCGGCCCAGGACUUGGCCCAAAGAGUGCGAGCCUCAAACCUUCCACAUCAUGUGGUCCGGCGAGUUACAAUCAGAGACUUUGUUCCGACCCGAUCACUUUGUGGCGCUGGUCCACGUGAGCGACUUUGCUUCGAGUAGUCCCAAGAGCGAGGAGCUCCUCAUCCAAGACUCAAACUUCUCAUACCGGACUCUGAAGGACAAGUACAACAUCACGAAGAGGACCUUCUACCGCUGGAAGAGGCAGUCUCAGGAGCACUGUAAGAAGUCCACGGCUCGCUAUGAGGCCAAGAACUUCCUGCAGGCGUCUUACCUGGAAGGGAAGCUCAUCCCGCUGCACCAGUUCAAGGAGUUCUUCCCGGAAAUCUCCAGGUCGUCUUACUACAACUGGAAGCAGGAGCUCCUCAAGUCAGGCGGAACCUUCUCCACCUCGUCAUCCACGGGGGAGAUCAGUCCCGGCGAGAGCACGGAGCAGGAAGCGUGGUCCUCUCCCGAGCUCAGGCAAGACGAGUCGGACCAUCAAGAAAGCGUGGCCGGCAUGUUCGGCCUCAGCAUGGGGGCCCUGGAUCUGGAACGGGCUCAGAGUGCGGCCCACAUGCAGCAAGCCAAACGCUGCUUGCAGAACUGCAUCGCCACCAACGCUUCGUUUCCCUUCAAGCUCUUCAAGCACAACUUCCCCGGCAUCUCCAGGUCCACCUACUACAACUGGAGGAGGGAGGCCAUGUUGUUCAUUGGAGGCUACAAAGCCAGCAGCUCGGAUAGCUCCGACGCGGACAAGAGCCAAAGUCCGAAAAGCAUCUCUCCGGUACUGCAACUGCAAAACAUGAGCGAGUCGGCUCCACGGUCGAAGAUCUGCAGGCGUAAGCACAGAAGUUUCAGGCUGGCGUACAUGAGUAAGAAACAACUUCGAGAUGUGGCCAAGAUGCUGGUCCAAAAGUCCAAAUUGUCCCUCAGUAAAUUCAAGCUCAGGUUUCCGACCUUGUCCCUCUGCUUCUUUUGGCUGUGGGCAAGCGGCAACACAAAGAGGAUGGUGACCGAGAUCGAUGCUGCCAAAGUUGGGGAAACGCCGGCGGCCGUCUUCAACAUCGCAAAUAACCACAAGGCGCUCCCGUUGGCGGAGAUCCCCCCGUACGUCGGCGGAUCCGGCGCCGCUUCCCUGGAGGCCUCGCAUCCCAAGCACGACCCGGGUCGCUCCCUGCCGGACAAGCAGAGGCUGGCCGUGGACGUCGUGGCUCUGGCCAACUUUAAAGCCAAGGCCAAGUUGUUUUUGCAGACGCGCUUCGAGGAAAGGUCUUUCCCCACGUUCAAGGAGUUCCGCUCCCACUUUCCCUUCACUCCCCGCUCCACCUACUACAUGUGGAAGCGGGCUCUACACCACGGGGUGUCGCUGGUUCACGGCUAAAGCCUCGCGCGGCCACCGCAUUUGGAAAAUUUGUACGUGUGUGACACUGUGACUGAGAGGCAGGCGUGUUGAAGCCCUGCAAGGCAAAAGGCAGUUCAAAGAUUGGACUCUCCGCCAAGCAUCGUACCGGGCACCCUUUACCUUUUAUUGUUGUAUGCUUUUUGGAAAUCACAUUCACUGUAUGAGCCAGGGUUCUUCUUCUUACCUUUAGUUAGUUUUUUUUAAUUCACUUCAUGUGUAUACCUUUUUUUUUUGCCUCAUACUCAACACUAUAGUGACUUGCACCAAAGAACAAACACUGUGAAUCAAAUGCACCUUUGUGGUUAUUCUGAAGACGCUUGAAUGCAACUCAGUUCAUUUUUUUCUGCUGCUCAUUUCAAGACUACUUUGCCUUUCAUGACAUUCUUUUUUUUUGUAGGUCCAGUGUUACAUUUGUACUCAACUAGUGUCAAGAAUAAAAAGUGCCGCAGA